AGGUAUUCUACAGGAAGUCAACACCACGGCAUUUCUGCUUCCUUCGUCCACAGCACAUCAUGUCAGGCCGAGAUGAAAUAGAUCGCGCAUUCGGCAGUGACAGUCAGCUGAGGAAAAGGAUACACGAUGCCAUUAAUGCUACUCCUCAGUAUGGGCUACUUUUCGACGACAUAGCACGCUACCAUCUCAAGUCACAAGCGAAUGGCAACAGUGAGGACGGCCCUGCCUCGAAGAAGCGCAAGCUGGCCAACGGGUCUCUAUCCGUCACCUCGACGCAGACGAAUCAACCUCGCGAAGUCAUCCUCGAGGCCAGAGAUAUAUCCUUUUCGCUACCACAGAGGAAGAAGCUGCAUUUGGGCAUUGCACAGUAUGGAACAGAUAUCAAUGCGUCGACUACGACAUUCGCGGUGUACACCAGAAAUCCUACCACUAACGAGGUCGAGACGGAGGUGCCUAUAGAUCAGUUCGCAUACGCGCUCAGGCUACCGGUGCCGGAAAAGGCCACGAAACAAUACAACUUCUGCCUGCUCCCUAAGCCGGACUCCAACCAAAGCGACCCAAUAAUCUGGACCGUCAAUCAUGGGCCGCUGAAGUCCUGUCACAUCCCCAACCCGGUGCUGGCGAAAAUUGCUUCUGGUCCUGACCAUAUUCUGGAAACAGCCCUAGACUUUGUCUUGAAAAAGGCCGGGAUCAGCCUCACAUACCCAACUGCAGACGAGUUCGCCAGCGCCACACCAGAGUCGCACAGAAAGAGUGACAAGGCCUAUCAUGUGAAGGCUUUCAGAGGCAGCAAGGAUGGCUUCCUCUUCUUCCUGCACAACGGCAUCUUCUUCGGAUUCAAGAAACCGCUCUCAUUCUUCGCCUUUGAAGAUGUUGUGUCAAUCUCGUAUACUUCUGUACUACAGCGCACGUUCAACCUGAACAUUGCCUACCGCACGAGUGACGAACCUGCAAUUGACAUGGAUGCCGUGCAAGAAGUCGAGUUUUCCAUGAUCGAUCAAGCUGAUUUCCCGGGGAUUGACGCGUAUAUCAAGCGUCAUGGUUUGCAGGAUGCGAGUCUUGCCGAAUCCAGGAGGGCUGCUAAAGUUAAGUCGGCGGCAAAUGGGAAGAGCUCAAUCAAGCAGGAAGACGACGAUCCAGAUGAUACGAGGACUGAGUUGGAAAAGGCACAGCAACAGCUUGAGGACGAGGAAGAUGAAGAGGAGGAGGAUUACGAUCCUGGCUCGGAUGGCGAGAGUGAAGGCAGUGGUGAGAGUGAUGACGAUGAUGAAGGGUAUGAGCGUCCGAAGGCUAAGGCGAAAGGGAGAGACCUUGUUGCCGAGGAGUUGGGAAGUGAGGCUGAAGAUGUCAGUGUGUCGGAAGACGAGGAGGAGCAGGGCGAUGAUCAAGGUGAUGAAGGUGAUGAGGAGGAAGACGGGCUCGAUGCCGAAGGGGCAGAAGAGCUUGAUCAAGACGAACAAGGGUUCGAGCUGGGUCAGCAUGUUCAGAAACACGGGUUUAGUGCCGUGGCUCCUGCAGUACAUCAGAGAGCUUGGGUCCCUGACGAGGGCAUGCCGGAUCCAGAGGACGAUGAUCAACUGUGAGAGAUGAGAAUUUGUCAAUGCUGGUGUACGACAUUCUGCGCCGACGAAAGCAGGAGCUGCGUUCGAAGACAUCACCAUGUGAGUCUGCUGUUGUACACUGUAGCAACAGCUCUGAUAUAAGUAUGGAUGCCCUGCUAGGGAACAUCCUCACUUUCAGAGCCGCAUGCAAUGAAUGACGAAAUACGACUUCACCGGCAUUUAGCCUAUAUAUCAUCCCUCCUAUCUACUCUCUACGGCCAUUUUCGAAAAGAUCGAUUGUGAAAAAGGAGCAUUAUUCUUCGAGAAAUGGACAGUCGACGUGCGUCAAUGGUCGCAGCCAUUUUGGUCGCUUGCGCCGCUGUUCUCGCAACCACAAACUGGUGGCGCCAGGA